GCGACCAGCUUGAAGCCUUCCAAGCGCUGUGUGAACUUCAACGAUCCACGAUAAGGCUCAAACCGCGGAAGUCAACUGCUCAGCAACCCACCAACACAGACAGUCCACGAUGGGCUCAGCUUCUUCCGACUCGGGCCGCAUGCAGAGGAGGGACUCCUCGAAUAGGAGCCUCAGCUCUCGGAGGCCAAGGCUCCUUCGAGCAUCCGCAACCGAGCCGUCCAUUACGACUUCGAAUGCUAGCCCCAAUGCCCUUUCGACACAGCCGGGGCGGAGAGCAACAGAGCUGUUGACUCGGAUGGCUUUUGUGUCCGGCUCGCCGCCGGAUUCCAUGCUCAGGUCAGCGUCCAUACUGUCGACGCGGUCAUCCAUGUUCGACAACGUGGACCGCCAGGGCGAACUGUCUUCUUCGCCUGUUAGCCAAGCUGAUUCCUUCGAAGACCGGGACCCUCAUCCAUAUUCGGGACGGUACUUCAGCUUCCCAAGCUUCGACCUGUACGAAGCAAGCCAAGAAGACGAGGAGAAACAGUCGGAAAUCAAGUCGCCUUGAGGACCCGGUUUCGACGACAGGAGCCUGGGCCGCAGGAUGAGACCAGAAACGGCCUCCCCAGCAGCGCCCGGCUCGUUCGCGGAUAGCAGAGCAGCAGC